AUGCUGUCGGUGUUGUGUGCGUGUGUGGUUGUCAGUGUGGGCUGCGCGAGCGCACAGGACCUUGCGGCUCCUUCUGAAACAAAGUUGUACACCGGCUCGCUGUCCCCAGAAUGCGUGUCCAGCUACCACCAGAUAUUCGUGACGCGCCGGGUGCCUCCCAGGAACUACCAGUACCACCACGAGGUCGCUGACUUGGAGACGAAAGCUGUGCCGUUCAAAUGGCGCAUCGUCGGCGGUACUGAGGUGGACAUCACAAACAUUCCGUACCAGGUCAUGUACGGGCUGUACUGUGGAGGAUCGCUCAUCGCUCCUAUCUGGGUGCUCACUGCAGCUCACUGCAGAGAUAAAGAGAAAUUCGUCCUAGCCGGCGCCACUCGCCGCAGCCAAGCCACCCGCUACAAGGUCUGCGCGCACUUCAUCCACCCCCGCUGGGACGACGAGAACAAGAUACACCCCCAAGACUUUGACUACCAGCUGGUGCUGCUGGAGACGCCGGUCCCGGUGACGCCCAGCUCCAGGCCCAUUGCGAUCGGGAAUGUGGAGGAAGUCACGCCGGGGGCUGUGGUGUCUGUUAGCGGGUGGGGGUAUACUAGGGCUAAGGAACGGCACAUGCAAGAGAUUCUCCGGCGGGUGUACGUGCCCAUCAUGUCGCACGACCAGUGCGUGUCCCUCCCCAACCAGAACUACCGGACCAUCAGCCCUAGAAUGUUCUGCGCCGGAUUCAUUAACGGGACAAAAGACUCUUGUCAGGGAGACUCCGGCGGCCCAGCGGUCCACAACGGCAAGCUGAUCGGCCUGGUGUCCUUCGGGGUGGGCUGCGCUCAAAAGGACCAGCCAGGGGUGUACAGCAACGUGCCGCAGGUCCGCGACUGGAUCCGCAGCGUCACCACGCUGCCGCUGUGAGGGUUUGAUCA